AUGGACGAUCAUCUGGAGAUGGAGGACAUACGAGAGAGAGAAGAGAACGGAGGGGAUGAUGGAGACGAAGAGGGGGAGGGGGAGGGAGGAGGAGGAAAAGGAGACCUUCCAGACCACGGAGAGGAAUCUCCACCUACGGGCGUGUUGUCUCCUCUCAUAUCACCACCACCCUCUUCGUCAGGAGCUGCUGCUGACGAGGACAUGCCCUUAGGUAUUGAUCCCAGCUUUCUGAUGGGUCUUUUCGUUCAAGAGUCUCACCUCAAGCAGGAGAUAUCGUCGAUUGGUGCUCGAGUGGCAGCCAUCAAGGCUGCUAAGGAGCAGAGCGACGGUGACGUCACCACCCUCGAAAGAGCUCUCCACAACACCGCCUGGGACAGGGCCAACCUCGAGAAAGACAAGAUGGCCCAGGACGUGCUGGUAGAACGCCUGAUGGCGUCCCUGGAAAGAGAGAGGACGACGCUCACGUCCCUGGACCAGGCGUCCGCCGAGGUGGCCGAACUGACGGAGGCGCUGCAGGAUCGCGCUCGCCUCCAGCAGGAUGAACUUCAGCAGCUGGAAUUGGAGGCCGUCGGGGUAAGAAGGGCGUGGGAGGCCAACGUGUUGGUACUAGAGCGGCGUUCGCAGGAACAGAGCGAGGCGGAACAGCACUUGCAGCAGCUUCUGGCACAGCACGCGGGACUGCGGGCAGAGCUUUACAACACAAGAAAAGCCGUCAGAGAGAUGCAAAUGAAGCAUGAAGCACAUUCUGUCAGAUUGCUUUACCACGAGCGAGAGGUGACCACCAGGCGCAUACGGUUGGCAACGGUUCGAGACGAGUCCCAUCAGCUAGCUGAGCGCCACGAGGGACUGGCUAACGUUGUCGAACAUUUGGAGACUCAGCAUCGGCAAUUGCUGAAGGAGGCGCAAGAGGAAACCCGUAGGCUGGAGGGCGUGUACAGGCGCCUGAGAUCAGCCACAGAACGCCAUCGCCGUCUGGAGGACCUCGCCCUUGACAAAGUGGGCGAGCACACGGCCAUAUCCAAAUCCGCAGACAAUGUCCGUCGGCGCAUCAAAGAGAUCAGGCAGAAGUGCAGGAACCUGGAAGACGAACUGAUUGAGAGGGAACGCAGUGCAGCAGACGCUGCUCUGAAAGCAUCCGACGGAAGAGCUGCUGUUCUGGCACAGACUGCAAACAGGGAUGCUGCAAAACUCGUGGUCGAAAAACUUGAUGCUGAUAUAGUCAGACUCGAGAGUGACCUGCGCAGAGGACAAGAGAAGAUCAGCGCUAACCAGUGCGCAGUUGACAGAAUCAACAAGGAUCUCGUCAAAGCUCUCGAAAUUGCUGGUGGAAGCGAAGCCCCGCCCGCGAGAGAGAGAGAGGCGCCUCUCCAGGACCCCCUCCUUCGUGACCGGGAGGCCGAAAAAACGGCCCUAGAAGAAGAAGCUUUGACGGUCCAGCGCCAUCUUUUGGAAGCACAGCAGAAUCGAGAACGCUUGGUGCAGAAUCUAACUAGGUUGAACCAAGAACUGAAUAUCCUGAGGAGUCGCCUGACGAGGCUCGAGGGCAACGUCGAGACCGAACGCAACGGCCUGAGAGACGCCGUGAAAACCCAGCAGCGCCUGCACAGUGCCGUGGCGACCUUAGACGCAAGGCUCCAUCAGGAGAAGACGGCGAGAGAGACGCUUUCCCGAGAGAGCGACGCCUCCGAGACCCAGCUCAUGGCGAAGUUGAAGGAACUGAACGAAGAAGCAGACAAGAGGGAAAAGGAGAUGAUGAACCUGAGGAAAACGAAGGAGGAGGUUGAAGGAAAAGUCCUAGAAGCCUCUCGCAUCAGGACCGAGUGGGAGAGGAACCUAGUCGAGAUAAAGGACGCCAGGGACGCUCUUCGCAAAGAGACCGGGACAGAGGGAGACCUGCACGCUAUGAAGACUGAAAUUAACCGUAUGCAGGCUAGGUGGCGCGCCCUGGAAGCCACCCAGAAGGAACUAGCCAGCCAGCUGGAGCAGAGCGUCUCGGUCGAAGCAGCCUUGAAGGGUCGAGCCAUGGCUACCAUAGACAAACUCAGGCGGGACCCCAACUCUGCCAAGGCGACUAGGCUGAUGCAUCAAGAUAUCCUGAAGAGGAAGAUAAUCAAGUCGAAAAGGCAUCUGAGUGAAACCCAGGGUGCCACAGAGAGUGCCAAGCAAGAGAGAUCGCGACUGGAGGACGAGUGCAACAGGAAAGAGCGCCUCUACGCCCAGAACGUGCGACUUCUGCAGGAGGCAGCCCAACACCUGGAGGAGAAACUGGUCAAGAAGCAGGAGGAACAACUACGCCUUCAGGAGCAAAGAGCGCGGCUUCGCCACCUGACGGCGGUGAAGGAAGGUCGCUACAAAACCUUGGCCGCCCCUUCUGACGAGGCCCAGCUGUCCCUGAAGGCCAGACUUGUCGCCCGUGCCCAGGCCUAUACGGGCAUAAUCACUCAACUAGAAGCUGGGUAUCCUCAGCUAGAACUCAAGCUGAAAAAUAUAAAGUAUUUGCUCCACAACUUUCUUGAAGGUUGAAUAAAGUUUCAUAUAUUUUUGUGGUAAAUUAAAUAUAUUUUCAUAAAACUUCAUAUAUGAUGGAUUGAUGACUGAAAAUGAUUUAGCAAUAUGAAUAAAGUUUUGAUAGCAGAGUAUAGAGGGUUUGAUAGCAGAAUAUAAGAGAUUUAAUUGCAGAAUAUACGUAAAUGGUUUCAGAACAAAACAGGCUUGAUAAGAUAGUGCAGGCAAGCGUUUGAAAGCAAUAUAAAGAGAUACAGAACAUGGAUAAAUGUCAAAUAACAGAAUAUGUAGACAGAGGUUUAAUAGAAUAAAAUAUAACCACCAUUUUUAUGUCAGGUCUUGGUAACAAAACGACUAAUUCCAAAUAAAGCCAGUCUUGAAAUGUAAACAUAGGUCGAUUCGUUAAUAAAAAAAAUGUGGAAA